CCCAUGAUUAUAGAAAGUGUCACAAAUUAAAGUUAUUGCCAAGAACAAUGAAGAACUUAUUUAAAUGUGGAAUUUUGAAUUCCAAUUCAUACAAAAUUUUGUCGAACUCUCAAUUUCUGUCAUCUCGAGUUGUUCAGCUCACCUGCAUUUCGAAUUUUUCGUCAAAAUCUCAUAAAAAUUCGAAGAAGGUAUGCAAAGAUGGUGAUCAAAAUAAGCACGGGGAUCCACUUUUCUGUGAGAUCCUCAAAAUUAUGGAUAGUGAAGGCAUUGAAUUUGAAAGAAACACUCCUUGUGUGUUUUCAGCAAUGAAAGAUGUCAACUUUGAAGGAAAUGUGGCAAAUUUGGGAUCAAAUCCGUGUAGGCUGCAAGGUGUUUGUGGAAAGGCCGAAGAGAAAAAGGAUCAGUCUUUGGUUUUGAAUGAAAUCGAGGUGAUAGAUGUUGGUCCAGUUGUUCUUAAAGUGAUUGAGAUUGUUAGGUGCGAGAACAGCUCGCUUUCAAUGGAGGAACGGUUGGAAAAUGCUGAUUGUAGAUAUAGCGAAGAGGUUGUUAUCGAUGUGCUGAAGAAGUGUUUCAAAGUUCCCAAAUUGGGAUUAAAGUUCUUCAAUUGGGUGAAAAGCAGAGAAGGGUUUCGACACACGACCAACACCUUCAAUGUGAUGAUAAAUGUAGCCGGGGAAGCUGAGGAGUUUGGGUUGGUUGAGGAGUUGGUUGAUGAAAUGGGGAAGGGUUCUUGUGAGAAGGAUUUGAAGACGUGGACGGUUCUUGUGUCGUGCUAUGGCAGUAGAAAAUGGAUUGGGAAAGCAUUGGUGGCGUUCCACGAGAUGAAGAGAGCUGGUGUCGAGCCUGAUGCGGUAGCAUACAGAACAAUGCUGCGGGCGCUCUGCAAUGCUAGAAAGGCUGACAUUGCGUUGGAGUUCUAUGAGGAUAUGGUGCGUAAUGAGGUGAAAUUAGAUGUGGAUUUGUGUAAACAGUUGAUGAAAUGCUUUGCAUUGUGUGGAAAUAUUGAUGCUGCUCGCUUGGUUGGUGAAAACAUGAUCAAAUCUGAGAUACCCGAAUCUCGAGUUUAUGGUAUGAUGUUAAAGAGUUUUUGUAUAGCAGGGAAGAUCACUGAAUCGUUGGAGUUGAUUCGUGAUCUGGAGAAUAAAGACGUCUCACUUGACAUGGGGAUGUUUGAGGCGUUGGUGAAAGGGCUUUGUAGCAGAGAUAGGAUUGAAGACGCGAUGGAGAUACUUGAGAUACUGAAGAAGAGAGAUGUAUUUGAUCAGAACAUAUACGGAAUCCUUAUUAGUGCAUAUUUGGGGAGAAAUCGAGUUUCUGAGGCAUUCGGUCUUUUUCAAGAGGCGAAAGGGUAUGGAAAUGUGUUGGUCUCCACAUACACUAAUUUGAUGCAACACUUUUUCUGGAAGGGUGAAUUUCAUAAGGGUUUGGAGCUGUACAAUGAGAUGCUUCGGUUGGGAUUGAGAUUGGAUAGUGUGGCUAUAACUGCUGUUGCAGCUGGUUAUGUUCAGCAAAAUCGGGUUUCUGAGGCGUUGGAGGUGUUUAGGAGUAUGUUUGAGAUGGGGAUUAGGCCUUCAUCAAAAUCGUAUUCGGUUUUCAUUAAGGAGAUGUGUAAGAUAUGCAAAGCAGAUGAGGUUGUUAAGGUUCUGAAUGAAAUGCAGGUCUGCAAACUAAGUAAUGUAGACGAGAUAUUAAGUGAGGUUCGUUCUUAUCUUGAGAAGAAAGGAGAAGUAGAGAAAGUGAAUGCUAUUAAUAGGUAUUGUACAUCUUGUCAUAGAAGUGUAAACGGGAAAAAUGCUGAUCAGUGCAGUGAAUCAGAAAUGUUGGAUACGAAUCCAAUGCUGCAGAGAAGUCCGGCUUGCUUUGUGGAGUCUGAAAUGAGACGAGAUGACUACUCUGAUGCACAAGAAGUUCGCCUAAUUUUAUCAUCCUCGGAUGAUUGGUGCUCUGUACAAGAGAAGCUAGAUAAACUCGAGUUCCAGUUUACUCCAGACCUUGUUGUGGAAAUUUUACGAAGUUCCAGACUUGAUAUUGGUAUUGCCUUGAAGUUCUUUGCGUGGAUUGGGAAACAGCCUAAUUACAGUCACGAUGAGAAAUCAUACAACAUGGCCAUGAAAAUUGCUGGUCAGGGAAAAAACUUUAAGGAGAUGAAAAGCUUGUUUUAUGAGAUGAGGAGACGAGGCUGCUUGAUAACACCUGACUCAUGGACAAUCAUGAUAAUGCAGUAUGGCCGAACAGGGUUGACGGAUCUGGCUUUGAGUUGUUUUAGAGAGAUGAAGCUGAGCACAUGUAAACCAACCAAAAGCACGUAUUUCUCUAUGAUAGCCUCGCUUUGUGGAAAGAAGGGCCGCAAAGUUGAUGAGGCGAUCCAGAUAUAUGAGGAAAUGGUGCAAGCGGGGCUUGUUCCAUGUAAAGAAUUGAUCGAGGCUUAUGUUGGCUGUUUAUGUGAAGUCAAUAGAUUGUCGGAUGCCAGAAGAUGCGUUGAAUCUUUACACAAAUUUGGUUUCUCGAUUCCACUGUCGUACUCCUUGUAUGUUCGGGCCCUUUGUCGUGCAGGGAAGCUGGAUGAUGCUUUAGCCCUAGUCGAUGAAGCUGGCUGCGAAAAGCAUCUCCUGCAACAGUAUACCUACGGUAGUCUUGUUAAUGGCUUGCUACGACAGGGGCGGGCAGAGGAGGCGUUGGAAAAGAUAAAUGGUAUGAAGCAACUCGGCUUUCACCCUACUGUUCACGUGUAUACAUCUUUGAUUGUUCAUUUCUUUAAAGAUAGAGACAUAAACAGAGCUUUGGCUACUCUUGAAGAAAUGAAAGUACACGGCUGUCAGCCUACUGUAGUCACGUAUUCAGCUCUGUUGUGCGGUUACGUGAGAUUGGGGAAGGUUGGUGAGGCUUGGGAUGUUUUCCACCGUCUGAAAAGGGAAGGCCCGUUGCCUGAUUUCAAGACUUAUUCUAUGUUCAUAGAUUGCCUCUGUGGAACCGGCAAGUCAGAGGAUGCUUUCACACUUAUCCCCGAAAUGCUGCGUGAUGGAAUUGUCCCGAGUACUGUCAACUUUCGAACGAUUAUGUAUGGACUGAAUAGAGAGGGAAAACCAAAUCUUGCACAGGCUGUUCUAAAGAAGAAGUUGGAUCUCAAAAGAAGAAGACAAGUGGUAACAUAGGCAUGCUUGUUCAUUAGUAUUAUUUUUUUCUAAACAUUGUUUUUUUAUGUUUCCGAGCAGCGGUUUCCAGCCGAACCGUCCGGUUUCACUGGUUCAAAACGGCUCAAUUGUCUGACGGUUUAAGAUGCCAAACCAGACUGGAAAGGUCACCGGUUUGCGGCCGAACCGGUCCAACCGGCCGGUCCGGUCUGAUUUUUAAAACACUGGUGUAACACUGUCCCAUUUUUGUUUUCUAGUUUUUUAUUGUAGCAUAGAUUAGAUAAAAUUGUUACUGAGCAUUCUCACUCUAUGUAUUGUUGAGGAUAUCCAUCUUCAAAAUAUUAUUUAUAACUAAUUGGAAUACGGUAAAAAACAGUUA